GGUUUGAUACAAAUACGCAUUUUACGUGCUCGUCACACCUUAAUUUUUAUAACAUGUUAUAAAAUAUAUAUAUAAAAAAUAUAAUAAUAUAUACAACAUAACAUAUUAAUAGUUCAUCUUGGUCGAGUGACACUGUCCCACUCGAUGGCAGCCUUCCCUUCCAGCUGUUUGCUGUUGUGACCGCUCCAAAGUUGACCAAUGCAGAUGAGUAUAGAAAAAUAUUUUCAACGGCCAAAAAGGGCUCGACUUGGAGAGGAGGUAGGCCUACAGUUCGGACCACAGGUGCAACCUGUUCAGCAGCAGCAGCAGGAAGAGGAGGAGGAGGAGGAGGAGGAGGAGGAGGAGGUUGACUGACUGUGGCAGGACACCUCUGCCUCUGUUUCACUUCAUGUUGCUGCGUCCCAGUUUGCUGGUCCGACAAUGAGCUGUGUGAAGACAGGAGGACAAGCUGAAGAAUGCUCAGGUUCAGACUUAAAUCAUCGAUCGCCUUCCUGGCUCUGGUCCUGCUUGUGCUCAUUGUAACGGUGGUCCUCAAGUUCCUCACCCCGGAGGUCACGGGCGAGAUAGGAGAGCCGUCUCUGGGCGAGAAGGACGCCGCCAAAGAGGUGGAGUCAGAGCGCAGCAAGAUAACCCAACCCGUCCGAGAGGACAAGGAACUAGGCAAGUUCCCGCCUCCCAACUACUACCUCCAUGCUUUUUACUACAUCUGGUACGGGAACCCCGCCACUGAUGGCAAGUACAUCCACUGGGACCACCCUCGGCUGCCCCACUGGGAUCCCAAGGUGGCUGAGAAGUAUCCACAAGGCAGACACAGCCCGCCUGACGACGUGGCGGCCAACUUCUACCCGGCUCUAGGAGCUUACAGUUCCAGGGACCCGGCUGUCAUUAAGGCGCACAUGCAGCAGCUUCGUACGGCUGCCAUAGGUGUCAUCGCCGUUUCCUGGUACCCUCCUAACACAAACGACGACAACGGAGAGCCAUUGGACGCCAUCAUGCCUCUGCUGCUGGAUGUGGCUCAUCAAUACCACAUCAAGGUGUCCUUUCAUAUUGAGCCUUACAAAGGAAGAGAUGAAGUCAACAUGUACGCAAACAUCAAAUACAUCAUCGAAAAGUAUGGCGACCACCCGGCCUUCUUCAGGUACCGCACCAACACGGGGAAGCUGCUUCCGCUCUUCUACAUCUACGACUCGUACCUGAUGAACUCGGAGCAGUGGGCCAAGCUGCUCAAGCACACCGAGAGCGGCAGCAUCCGCGACACGCCCUACGACGCCAUCUUCGUCUCCCUGCUGGUGGAGGAGAAACACAAGCGGGAGGUGGCGACGGCCGGCUUCGACGGCGUCUACACCUACUUCGCCACCAACGGCUUCUCCUACGGCUCCACCCAGCGCAACUGGGGCGCCAUCAAAGCCUUCUGCGAGGACAACGAGCUGCUGUUCAUCCCCAGCGUGGGGCCGGGCUACGUGGACACCGGCGUGCGGCCGUGGAACUUCCAGAACACCAGGAACCGCGUCAACGGCAAAUACUACGAGACGUCCAUGAGCGCCGCGCUACAGGUAGAACCCCAUUUCAUCUCCGUGACGUCGUUCAACGAGUGGCACGAGGGCACUCAGAUCGAGAUGGCCGUCCCCAAAAGGGGCCGGGCCGUUUAUCAAGACUAUUUGCCCAACAAGCCCGACGCCUACUUGGAAAUCAGCCGCAAGUGGGCCGCCAUGUUUAAUGGCGAGCGCAGGAGAUGGCAGGAAUAAUCCCAACUGUCAACUUCAUGACUGCUACGUUUAGAGAUGUCCGAUAAUGGCUUUUUUGCCGAUAUUCCGAUAUUGUCCAACUCUUAAUUACCGAUUCAGAUAUCAACUGAUAUAUAUACAGUCGUGGAAUUAACACAUUAUUAUGCCUAAUUUUGUUGUGAUGCCCCGCUGGAUGCAUUAAACCAGGGGUCCCCAAACUAGGGCCCGCAGGCCGGAUACGGCCCCCCAGCGUCCAAAAUGCGGCCCGCGGGAAGUCCCAAGUUUUAAAAAAAAUUUUAAUUUAUUUUUUUAAUUUAUUUUUUAUUAUUAUUUUUUUUUACAUUUGUCUUUACUAGUCCAUUUUCUACCGUCUCCUAGCCAUAUUGUCUAAAAAUGCAUUUUACCAUCGAUAACGUGACGUGCAGCAAGUGCGCUCUUUAAGUCAAUUAGUGC